AUACUUUUCAGUGAGGGGGCGCUUUCGGGCGGGCAGUGUUUUCCUCUUUCUCCGCGGCGCGUACGUGGCCUUCUGCCUCGAAUCCAGGCCACGCCACUGGGCCGUCUCGUCCACAGCUAGACGCCUUCUGCUUCUCAUUCCUUAACUUGCCCGAUUCUCUCGCUGACGCUCAUGGACUAUGAAUUGGAUAACGAGGGGCUCAUGACCAAGGAGUCUGAGCUCGUAAAUGGCCCGACCUUCGAGGACUUAGCCAUCGAUGACAGCCUGACCGACCUACAGCGCGUCACCAAGUACGUGUGCAGCAAUAUCCCGCUACAGCGCGUCAUCCACGUCAAAAUGCUGCACGAAACGGCACGAUCUGUGGGUUUCCAGGCUACGUGCGAUCAACUGCUGCCGCUGCUGGAGCCUCUGGUCUGCGACGUCGAAUACGUCGUUCGCCAGCACGUGGCGCUGCAGUUUCCGCCGCUCUGUCAGUUCUUACUGGAAGCGGACCCCGACACAGGCUACAGAGUAUUGCUAGAGAAGCUGAUCCCCCUGGUCACUAAGCUCGUGUCAGACGAUCAGCACGAGGUACGUUCGGCUGCGAGUGAGAGCCUCGUGGAGAUGGCGGCGCUGGUUAAGCUCGAAGACCAGGGACAACACGUGCUGACGAUUGUGCUACCGUUGGCACAUGACGACGACAAUGAGCAGUUCAGAAUUUCCGCCGUUGCGCUUUACAAUGGAUUGGCGGAACAUUUCGGGCCCGAAUUGUGUCAGCAGUUUUGCGUGCCGGAGCUAAUUUCUCUGUCGGAAGACCCAGUUUUUCGAGUGCGAAAAUCCACAGCUUUGAGCUUUUCGAAUGUUUGUAAGACGGCAGGAGUGGAGCUGAGUCGGGAGAGGCUGAUCCCGGCGUUUCACCGACUUUCGAAAGACGAUAUAUGGGGAGUGCGCAAAGCUUGUGCCGAGUGUUUGGUCAAUGUUGCGCUGGCACUGGCGCCUGCGGACAGAGGGCCCAUGCUGAUACCUUUAUUUGAGAGUUUUAUCAAUGACUCGUCACGGUGGGUGCGUAUGGCUGCGUACCAGAGUUUAGGACCGUUUCUGGCUGCAUUGGAAAAGAAUCAGGUUACAGAUGAACUGGUGGGCCACUUUACGAGCAUGGCAACGACCGCGGCAUCGCAACUGGGUGGAAGCGGCGAAGUGGACAUUAAAUUCCAUUGUGCAUUUAAUUUUCCGGCGGUAGGGAUAACAGAAACUCAGCUGGCUACAGCGUUCGACAGUUAUCUUCAUGACGUGCAGGACGUGCGCCUAGGCGUGAUGCUGCACUUCGCCGACUUUUUGGAGAAUGUGUCGCCAUCGUUUCGUGAAAGUUAUUUACCGGUGCUCGCAGAGUUUGACUCCUUCGACAACACCACGAAAUGGCGCUUCCGUGAAGUGCUGAGUGGCCAACUAUCACAGUUGUGCCACACUUUCACACCAGAGGCGACCUUCUCAACCCCGUCUCUGCUGUCCGAGAACAGAGCUAUCAUCUGCGUCGACGAACUCGCUGAUGUUCUGUCCGGACGAAUGAAAGUGCGACUCGCAGCACAGGCGAACCUUGACUCAGAAAAGAGGAACGCCACCAUGUGA